AAAUGCUGUUUGCUCAACCUGGUGGUACUGGCCAGCCUCACCAACAAUCACCACAGCACCAACCCAAGAAGUGAAAACACGGUGAUUUUUGCUCACCGCCAGACUCGCAGCAGCGCCAGUCCCGAGAGGCAGAGGCUAAGGUUCUCCUGCCGGGUGCUGUGAUGUCUGCACCUCACUUCUCUGUCCUUCUGCCACUUAGUGACACCAGCCUGAAGACGAGGGGAUCAAGGCCUGCCACAGCCCUGAGUCAACACUGGCUGCCAAAGGGCUUCCUGCUCCCGGCGACUCGUCUCUUCCCCCGUUCACACGCGAUCUACCAAAGAGUGCACGAAUGGUUGCCCUUGUUAGGAAGGAGAAGAGAGGAAAGAAAAGCCAGAAACGUUUGCCUAAUAAGCCUAAAUUUCGAAUAUGUGGAAGUCCUGAAACGCUUCCUCUAGCCAGUCAGACAGAAAUAGGGACAUUGUUCAAUUCAGUCAGUUACAUUUGUGAAUUUAAUCUUUGAGAAGUGGUCUCCAUUGAAACUCUUUGACAAUCAUUAUGAAUUCAACUUUGUCUUGUUUUGAUAUAUGAUUUUAUAGUCUAGGUAACUAUCACAAGCUUUAAGGAGAGAGAGAAUAGGGAUGAUAAUUAUGUGAAGUAUUUAUGAUAUUUCUCCUGAAAGUUUGUAAUAGGAAAUAACCUGAUUAAAACUAUUCAUAAAGCAAAAAAUCGUUAAAAGUAAGAAUCUUUUCUUAUUGAUCAAUUCUUCCUUUUUUACUUCAAGUAUUUCACAUGUUUCUUAGAAUGAAUUAGUAGCUGAAGUAUCCUUACAAAUUUCUCAUUUUCUGUAAAAAAAAAAAUUAUUCCUUUCUUUAUUGAUACAUUGAAAAGUACCUGCUAGUGUAUUAUCUCAUGUAAAUAUACAUAUUUAUUAUUGAGAUAGAAGUAAUAUAUACAUGAUACAUGUAACUGAUUUUCAUGUCUUCACGUCUUUUUCUCUUUUGUAAAUGUUAUUUCCUGCCCUCUACUGUAACUGACUGAUUGACUGAUGUAUUUAAUGAGGGAUGUCUCCUUUUUCUCUUUAUAUACACAGUAGUGAAAAAAGGAUAUAUGUAUAGUAAAUGGAUGGACUGUUAUCAUCAUAGACCUUGAAAAAUUUAUGAACUAUGAUCUCAACAUCUGGAUAUAAAAAAAAAGAAGAAGAAAAACUCGUACAAGGCACAGUGACUGGACCAGACAUCAUGGUGUUCUGAAUCCACAGCAUUGGUUCUGAAGUUCCAGAAGCAACGACAAUCGCCAGGGUCCGUUCAUAGACACGCGUGUGAUACAAGGGGAUGGGGGGUGUUUGUCAUGGAGGGACUGGAGUCUCAUGGGAAGUGUGUUCCCUUGUGCCACAUUACUUGCUCAGUUUUAUAAUCACAAUCAAAACUCAUGAAACUUAGCCAAAUAAGGAUGCAAAAACAAUCUUAGUGCUGAGCUUACCUAUUGAUAGUAUAACUGUGUAUCCUUAAUAACAUGCAAAUUGUAAAUACAGAAGAGGACGAAUUUAUGUACAAGUGUAAAGAUAAUUAUAUAUAUAUAUUUUUGUCAUGCCUUAUAAGGUAUUGUUUUGAGAUGUGAUAGAUGUAUUAUGACUAUUGGUAUAUAUGAUAUAGGAGCAGUUGGAAAAAAUGCUGCCAAUUUUUACGAACAUAGUAUCUAUGUUCGUGCGCCAGCCAGGAUGUUAUAUUGGCUAGAGCAGUAUAUGAACACAUGGACAAUAGAAAUUAUUUAUUUGAUAAGAGGGUACGUAGCUUAUCGUAUGUGAGUUUCAAAGAGAGAAAUAUUGUACAAGGCUAUAGAUUCUGUCCCACCCUCUCACAUCCAGCAGGAAAAUGAAAAUAAAAUGGACCUUAUUCUUUCUGUCGUUUGUGUGCAGCUAUGAGUUCUUUUAUUUAAUCUUUAUUGGUUAUUAUUAUUAUUAUUAUCAUUGAGAGAAAAAAUAUUUGGUUUAUAAUUUCUAUCCAUAGGGACAGUAACAUUUGCCUAAGUUCUGUGUUAUGAUCACUGUUAUGUUUUAGUUGUUGUUGGCAAUUUUAUGAGUUUGAUGUAGCUGCUUAUCUUUUAUUUUUUUCUAUUAUUAUUAUUGCUUAUUAUUAUAACUACUGUUUCAACUAUUAAUACCAUUAUCACCACCAUCAUCAUUUCUAUUAUUGUAUUUUUAUUCUUAUCAUCAUCAUCAUCAUCAUCACCAUCCUUAUUGUCAUUAUUAUUAAUAUGUUGAUGAUUCAUCAUUAUAGUCAGCAUACCAUUAUCAUCAUUAUCAUUAAACUUUUAAUCAAUAUCAUCAUAAUUAUAGUCAUCAUUGUCAUCAUCAUCAUCAUCAUCAUCUUCAUCUUCAUCUUCAUCUUCAUCAUCAUCUUCUUCUUCUUCUUAGGGAAUAUAAAUUUACUGAAACAUAGAUGACAUUUGUGCAAUGGAAAUUGAGACAUUUGAUUGACAUUAAUUCCAUUCAGGAUAAGAGUAAACAAAACUUCCUGCAGUAACUAUAGCAUAAUGUUUAUAGGAAAAAUUAUAAGAUUAGUGUUUUUAUUAUUAGUAUUGGUGGUGUUAUUAUCAUUCUUAUCAUCAUUAUUGUAAUUAUCAUUAGUGUAAUUGCAAUUAUUAUUAUUGAUUUUAUCAGUGAUUAUUGUUAUUGCCAUCUUUAUUUUUAAAAAUAUGUUUGUUCUUAUUUAUUAUAUUCCGUAGUUUUCAUUUAUUAUCAUUAUUGUGAUAGUUCUGCUAUAAACUUUCCCUAAAAAUGUAAUAUCUCAAACUCAAUUACAAAGCCAAGGACACAGGCAACUAUCCAUCUCUCUUGAAUGAAGCAAAUUUACAAAUUUACAGGCCCUUUAAAGUUGGGUAGAUGUUUACUUAGAGAUUUUUAAAGGGAUUGGCAAAAAGGAAAUCAUAUAUGGUGACUUAGUAGGUUUUUUUUUUUUUUGUUUGUUUGUUUGUUUGUUUAAUAAUAGUCAUUGAUUUCGUUGUAUGUUUGUUAGUUGGUUAACUUUAUACGGGUUCUUGGAUUUAACGUAGUUUUUAUUUGAUUUAAUUUUUUUUUUUCCGUAAAUAUUUUAUGGCAUCUUAUUUUCCGUUUUCAUUAUCUUUCCAUUCCUUAUUGUUUUUUCUCACUUGCGUCUUUUUUCUCAUUCCUUAGUCUUUUUUUUCCUUUCUUUCUUCAGCUCUUGUUCUUGCAUAUUUUCCUCUUUUUUUUUUCUUAUUUUCUUAAAAACUUUCUGGAAUGUGUCACUUUUCUGUUGAGAGUUUCCCAAGUCAGAAUGCAGCUAACUUUGUAUUUUAUUUUUGUAAGUAAGUCUGUCAGGGGGAAUAUUGUAUUUUUUACUUAAUGGUAUUUCAGGAAGGAAACUGAAUUAGGCAAAAGAUGCUGAAAAAAAUGAUUUGGAUGGAAUUUGUGUCUUAUUGUGACUUAUCAUGGUUCAGUUUGGUCCUUUUGUGUAGGUAUGACACGUUCAGGAAUUUUUUUGCUCUGGAGGUGAAAAUGUUCACAGAUACUCAAAAAGAGUAAUCCUUUGGAGAAGUGUUUUUCAUUUGUAAGUUUGUUAUUCUAGGGCUUGUCAGAUUUUUUUUUUUAUGUACACACACACACACACACACACACACACACACACACACACACACACACACACACACACACACACACACACACACACACACACACACACACACACACACACAUGUAUACAUACAUACAUACAUACAUACAUACAUACAUACAUACAUACAUAUGCACAUACAAACUCACUCACUCACUCACUCUGUAUAUCUUUAUAUAAACAUAUUGUGAUGUACAUCCACAUGUUUAUGAAAUACUUUAGAAAAAAUUGUGUAUCUACAGGUGUGCAUAUCUGCAAUGGUUUAAUCAUACCAUGCUAAAUACUUACCAAAAAUAAAUCUAAUUGACUUUCUUAUGUGCCACCAUUAUAGUUUUUUUUUAAUGUAUAUACUUCUGAUAGUUAUAGGAAAUUAUUUUGUAACUGGAAAUAUUUGUAAUAUUUCACUGACAAUGCUGAUGAAAGAAUAAGGUUUAUUCUACGUAUGUACAUUUUUUUGUAUUCUGCCACUAUGGCUCUUUUUAUUUUUAUUUGUAUUAAACAGAAAAUUUAUUGUGUAAUUUAUCUAUGUGUAUUCAUGUAUGAAAACAUGCAUUUACCCAUAUACAGACAUACAAAAACAGAACACAACAGCACAUAUGCAGCAACCACACAUGGGGCAGUACACAAACAGAAAACAGUGUAGAGUGCAGUAACAAUAAACAUAAUGGAAAAACUUGCCUCAAACAAUAUAGCAGAGUUCACAAGUUCUCUGUCUGCAUUCAUACCUACAGGAAGAGUGGUAAUGGAGGGGUAAAUUAAUGCUGUAUGGAAUGUCCAAAUAAACGGUAAAUAGGAGGAGAAACAGGUAGGCAAGAGUAUUUGCUUGAAUCAGAGCAUGUGGAUUGCCAGGUUAAGAUGAUUUCAGGCAAUAUAAUGCGUCCAUAUAUUUUGGUCAUAUAUUUUUAAAAAGCAAAGUUAAGAGGAAGGAAAAAAAACUCAGUGCCAUGCCAUGCCUGGAAUUUACAUUUGCAUUGUUAGUAUGCAUAAUUAAAUAACUUGAGAAUUACAUUUGUUAAUAACUGUGUAAGACUACAGGAUUAUUUGAAGCAAUUCAGAUGUGCUGAAGUCACCUCAAAUCCACAUACUUAUAAGCUGUACUAUUGCUUGAUACUGCCUGUUCAGAUUUUUUUUUUUUUUAUAAACACUGCCACUAAACUUUACAGUGUGAUAACCAAUCUAUAAGUAAUUUUGAUAAUCCAUUUAUUGUAGUAAUGGUUAAAUCCUGCACUCAUGCCUUCCUCAGAUGCUCAAGGAGUAUUUGAGACUUUUUAUAUAAGAUUAUUUUGGCCUUUGGAAAAAACUGAUGGUUGAUGAAGUGUCAUCAUUUUAUUUUCAUUUCCCUGAGGGUGAUAUUUUCAAGAUGUGAAGAAGAUAAGAAUGCGAAGGCAAUCACAAAUUCUUGUUGAAGCCAAACCUAUUUUAAGAUAUUUAUAACCUGUGAUCUAUGUAGCUAUAUGCCUUUGUUUCAUCAAAUAUAUAAAUUUCACCAAAUGACAUGCGUUCAUAUGGUAGCUUGUUACAUACCAACUCAGUGCAAUGGGUUUUUAACAGAAACGGAUUUUAUAGUGUAUAUUGAAAUUGGCAUUAGCUUUGAAACCAGUCAUUCAGGAAAAUAAUUCAAUUUAGAAUAUAAAAAAAAAAACAUUUCUUUUUAUAUCUGAUUAAUAUAUAUAUGUGUCAAGAUCAUGUGGUGCAAAAUAUAAAAAAUAAACAAAAAACAUUUUUGUUCCACAAAAUUUUCUUCAGGCAUCAGGGAGGGAUUAGUCUUAAAAUAUAAAUUGGUUUUAUUAAUAUGGAAUAAAAAUAAGCUACUGAACUUUGAAGACGAAGAAGAGAAGACAAAAGCCUACAUAACGAGCCCAUUUACACUUGCAUAUUGAGGCUCAGUAUUACUAGAAGACUCACAAAUAUGACGAUAUGAUCCACAGUACCUGGAACUCAAGCUGAGUAUUGUAAAUAUAUAAAUUUCCCACUGAU